AUGACCAGAAGGCCAAGGUGCUGCAACAUUGUCAUUGAGAUCGCUGAUGGGACUUCUUUAUUCUGCGUUCUAGAGGUUCUGCAUUUUCCGUUUAUCAGUUGGGCCAGAUGCUGUGUGACAACUGCAAAAUUUUCAUUCAAUCUCAAAGGCUUUCUGGUCGGUGAUUUUUCAAGCAGUAAAGGGUUGAGACCGGGGGAUCCCAUCUCCCCUUACCUAUUUCUUAUUGUCAAGGAGGUGUUCUCUCAGUUGUUUGAUGAUUAUAUCACUGCAGAUGCAUAUGAUUUUUAUCCUAGAUGUGCUGAGCUUGGGAUUUCACAUAUUUCCUUUGCAGAUGAUCUAUUUGUUAUGGCCUCUGCUGCUCCUAAAUCAUUCGAAUGA